UUCAUUUAGGCCGAAUGUACUGCACUGAUCUGAGGAGGACCACUCAUCACUGGCUCUGUCUGUAAGCCUGAUGCUUCGUAUCAACACUGCAGGCCUUGCUAAGGACGGUACCCUUGAAGAGGAGCUAAAAGAUUGAUAAGAGGGGAACAUCCCUGAGCCAGAAGGAGCCAGAGGCUGGAUAAUCAUGCCUGAGAAGCAUGAAGUCAGAAGUAAUCAGCAGUAACUGGGGGAAAAGACAUGAGGAUGCUGAACUGGUGCCUUUGGAGGGAACAGAGGAGCCAUUGUACAAGCACUGCCAUCUGCACAGAGAGCUCUGCACAGCCAGUGAUUGCAAACAGGGCUUGCCAUCCUGGAUGGCUGUUCAAGGCAGUGGUCUCAGCAGACGGAGAAUGGAGUGCUGCUGCCCUCGCUGCAGUCAGCCCUGCCCUUCCUGGACCUGCACGGCACCCCCCGGCUGGAGUUCCACCAGUCGGUUUUCGACGAGCUGAGGGAGAAGCUGCUGGAGAGGGUCUCUGCCAUCGCUUUGGAAGGGAAGGUUGAGGAGAGAUACAAGAAGUUGGAAGAUCUCCUAGAGAAGAGCUUUUCCCUGGUCAAGAUGCCUUCCAUACAGCCUGUGGUAAUGUGUGUCAUGAAGCACUUACCCAAGGUCCCUGAAAAGAAGCUGAAGUUAGUAAUGGCCGAUAAGGAUUUGUAUAAAGCAUGUGCAGUGGAGGUGAAGCGUCAGAUUUGGCAGGAUAACCAGGCUCUGUUUGGCGAUGAAGUGUCUCCACUGCUGAAGCAAUAUAUCCUGGAGAAAGAAAAUAUUCUCUUCAGCAAUGAUAUCUCUGUUUUGCACAAUUUCUUCAGUCCAUCUCCCAAAACAAGACGUCAAGGAGAGGUGGUUCAGAAGCUGACACAAAUGAUUGGUAAGAAUGUGAAGCUCUAUGAUAUGGUGUUGCAGUUUCUGAGAACGUUGUUCCUUCGUACAAGGAAUGUUCAUUACUGCACGCUACGGGCAGAGCUCCUGAUGUCGCUGCAUGACCUGGAAGUCAAUGAAAUCUGCAAUGUUGACCCCUGUCAUAAGUUCACCUGGUGCCUUGACGCUUGCAUUCGGGAGAAGUUUGUGGACAACAAGAGAGCUCGGGAAUUACAAGGGUUUCUGGAUGGAGUGAAGAAAGGACAAGAACAAGUGUUGGGGGACUUAUCUAUGAUCCUGUGCGAUCCCUUUGCCAUUAACACCUUAGCCUUGAGUACUAUAAGGCACCUGCAAGACCUGGUUGGGCAGGACACCUUACCCAGGGAAAGCCCAGAUCUGCUGCUGCUCCUUAGGAUGCUGUCUUUGGGACAGGGGGCCUGGGACAUGAUUGACAGUCAGGUCUUCAAGGAACCAAAAAUGGAAGCUGAGUUGAUCACAAAGUUCUUGCCUAUGCUGAUGUCUUUUGUGGUGGAUGACCACAUGUUCAAUGUCGAUCAAAGACUGCCCUCGGAGGAGAAGGGACCAAUUCCCUACCCCAGCACAAUUCCUGAAGCUUACACCAAAUUCUUGCAGGAGAAUAGAAUAGCUUGUGAGAUUGGGCUGUAUUACAUCCUUCACAUCACUAAACAGAGGAACAAGAACGCUUUCCUUAGGCUUCUGCCAGCACUAGUUGAGACAUUCAGUGACUUGGCCUUUGGUGAUAUUUUUCUGCAUCUGCUUACUGGUAACCUCACACUGCUGGGUGAUGAAUUUGCACUCGAGGAGUUCUGCACCAGUCUUUUUGAUGGCUUCUUUCUCACUGCCUGCUCAAGAAAGGAGAACGUACAUAGGCAUGUGCUAAGACUGCUGCUUCAUCUGCAUCACAAAGUGGCGCCUGCCAAAUUAGAGUCUCUCCAGAAGGCUUUGGAACCCACCAGGCAGAGUGGGGAAGCUGUGAAGGAGCUUUAUAACCAACUCACUGAGAAACUGGAGCUUCGCAAACCAAGUCCAGCUGAAGUGACUGAGACUCCCUCCAUGGAACUGCCCUUGCCCACUGUGCCCACACCAGCCUCACGCUGAGCUAUGUAGUGCAAGAGUGACACAGCAGAAGAACUAACCUAGUGCUCUGCAGUGUGAAGGCACUGUGCUGCCUUUCAAGUGUCUCUACCUACAGGGUAGAAACAAAAAAAAGCCACUGAAGCUCUUUCAGGAAUCACUGCAGUUUAUCUAAUGCACUGGCUCUUGCUGGUUAGAAAACUCUGUAUGCAGUGCAUUGCAAAGGUUUACUUUUCUUAGAUGGCUGAGUGUUGUCUUGUAGAUUCACUUAAAAUCUGACUGUACAUUUUUUUUUCAAAAAAAAAAGCACAUAUUUUUAAGUUUGGCAUAUUGUAUUUUUAAACUCUACUUUAAGAACUGAUCAGUGAGUGUUUUGCUCCUGAAGGCUAACCAUAGCUUUCUUCGGCCGUUAGUUUGCUCCUCUGGGUCUCUGGAGAAGAUGCUCAGCAGAGGAAAUGUCAGAGGAGAUAAGCUUCACUGAUACAAUUUCCUGUUUGAGGUUCUGGCUAUUUUGGUACGUGAUAAGAUGUGCUGCAUUAGUCAGAGAUGUCCGCCGCUGUCGCUAGACCAAGAAGCAGUCGCCAUCUUCACAGCCAGAAAUUGAAUCAUUCUCUCCCCUUUUCUCCCCACUUUUCUCCAAAGAAGUACCUUGAAAUGAGUCCUGGAGCCAGUCAAAAAACCCAAGAUUAGCGUAUUCCUCAAUGACAAUAGGGUUUGAGUGUAGGUGGAGUGAAAUUCUAUCUUUGAAAAAACAGCCUGUUCUUCAUGGCUCAUUUGUGUCACUUUCUGCACUGUUACAGUUAAUUCCUGUUCUGCUUUUGUUGCUGCCUCAGUGUAGCUUCAGGUAGAGCAUGAAGGAAGAUGGGCGAGGAAGAAGAAUGAGUUGUGUGAGCUUACAACAGACUUUACACUCCUCUCAGUAGGUACAAUAUGCCUGAAAAGAGUCUUUCCAGUCCCCUGUAAGCAGCAAGCUGCCUACAUGAGUCAUUCUGAAUUGCAGAAUAAUUCAGGUAAGAAGGCACCUUGGAGGGUCUGUGGUCCAGCCAGGGAGAGGUUGCUCAAGAGCAGGACUUUGUAUUCACCUGUGUCGAGUUUUACACGGUUUCGGUCAGGCCAUUUCUCCAGCCUGUUGAGGGCGUCCCUGUGAGCAGCAGCCCUGCCCACACCAUGGUGUGAUUUGCAGACAUUUGUGGAGGGUGUGUUUUGUCUUCAGGUUAUAAAUAGAGGCAUUAAAUGUUAACCCCUUUAGUGACCCCUGAGGAAUGCCACAGGUAACAGGCUGCCAGUUGCACUUUGUGCUGUUGAUUACAACCCUCUGAGCCUGGUGCCCCGGCAGUUUUCCCUGCAGCUAUCUGAACUGUAGCAAAACGAUUUGGCUAUAUGGAUUCUUCAGACAGUUAUGCCAAAACCUGUUUAAAGCCAAGGUAAUCUAUCCACCACAUGCCUCUAUCCACCAAGCCAGGCACUUCUUCAUAGAGGUUAUUGGGUUUGUCAGGCACAAUUAAUCCUUGGAAUUUACCCAUCCAUGCUGUGUCACUUCCUUGUCCAUCAUGUUUCUGGAUAUGAGGCUUUUUUUCCUCAAACCCCUUUUUUCCUGGGACUUGAGCACUCCCAGUGCCAAGUCAUAAUGAUGAGACUUCUAUUUCCUCAAGUUGUGUCAAAAAAAAAAAAAAGAUAAAUAAAUGGAUGCUAGUUAAGUAGAGGUAGAAAUCCCUCCCCACCCAAAGCUGACUCCCUCUUUGCAUGGUUUACUUCCUCCUGAGUUCUCAAGCACUGCAUGAGGAAAGUUAGUGUGGCGUGUCUUCAUCACCUUGGUGCUUUAUUUCUCGUUUUAUGCAAGGGCUUGUUUGUAUCUUGUGGGAGAACUGGGAAGGUGAGUUAAGUUUGUAUGUGCGACAAGGGCACUGUCCUCGAGUCCACAGGCCUUUGUGCACCUCAUCUCCACUGCAGCUCCUGGGGUCAGUAUUGCCUUUGGCAGUGUCUCGGCACUUCUGGCAUCUGUGGUUGGAAACAGGAACUGGGUGUAACAAUCGGGUCUUUUUUUGCAAAGGUUUGGGUUUAAAUUGUCAUGGUAACUUACACAAAAUAACAUCCCACGCUGCUGGCAAACCUUUUGUAAUGAACCUACUCAAGCCCAUGCUCUGCUCAGACUCGAAGGUUAUUUUAGGUUUGUGUUGGGGAUUCUCUCUGCCACUAAAGGUUUCCUUACUCCACGUGCUGACUUGGCACUCUCCUGCAGCACAAACGUCUUUUAAUCCAGGCUGUGUGAUUUACUCCUUGGUAGAAAAACCUCUUGUGUUUCAGCCUGUACUCACAUACUGAGAUACAUGCUGGUGAUUUUUUUCAAGGGUUUUGGGUCCACAAAGAAAUAGAAUCCCAGAGCACAAACUGGUCAUUGGCUGCUUCGGGUGAGGAGGGAUAAUUGGGCAGUGGAGAGUGGAGGUGGCUGCUGGUCCGUGCUCUCCUGGGCCUGCCUUGAGAUGAGAAUGGUUUCACCCCAGGGCCAGAAAUUACCCAGACUCCUGUUGUACAGGGAAACCCCCACACAGCCUGGGGCAGGAGCUGGCUGCAGCUGCAGGAUUCCGGCUUCCUGCUGCUCCAGAGCCAGGACACCUCGGCUCUGCUCUGGGGUUCCUGCUUGGAGGAGCUUGCUCUCUUCGGCUCCUCCAGAUGCUGUGGGGUUGGGUGGUGGUGUCCUGUGGCACAACUACCAGGUGAAGCACAGCUGGACUGUGUAAGAGAAUUAUUUUUUAAUCUUUUUUUUAUGGUGCCUCCAGCCGAUGCUGUGCAGCGUGCACUGCUGUGGGUGCACACUAGAGGGCAGUGGCUGCCCUGCCUGUCCUGCCUCUAACACACUGCUGCUUGAAAUCCCUCCCCGUUUGGCAUGGGACUGAGAGCUGGAAUCGCUCCCUUUUUACACGUGUGUCACAGUUUGUCUUUACAAGCUGCAGCGUUUGCGGCUUGGUGGUCUCUGCCUGGGGGCAAAGCACAGCUCAGCCUGGGGUGUGUAGGGACCUGGGGCUCACACACAUUGUGAGCAGCUUGUCAAUCUUGUGUGCUGGGGUUGACUUACAAACUGCCUCUACAUUUGUGCUGGGUUUAUAUGUCACCCCCUAAUAAUAAGCUUUUUCUGGCAGGAGACACUGAUGUUGGAAAGUUUCUUGCUUUCUAGGGGAAUCAGAUUUUAAACCUGGCUGAUACCAUCCUCUAUAGCACAAGAAGGACCAUCAGCGAAUAGAGGAGUAUCAU